GGAACUAACGUUAGGAACCAGUAUUUUAAGGAACCAAUGCCUUGAUCGUACCGUUAGAUACUACCCAAACUACUACUACGGAAUACGAUAAUCGUUAGUUGUACAUCGGUACAAUACAGUGGUACUAUUAUAGUACCUAUGUGACAUGCACCCGUCCGCUAACUCGGCUUUCUCCUCCUCCACUUUCGUCAACACUGACGCCAACGCCAACGCCGACACCACCACCACUACUACUACUAGUACCACCUCUACCACUACCACCAGCCAUCAUAGAGCUUCCUCCACUACCGACUCCGCCCUACCUAGUAGUAACGUCGGAAGUCCUUCCGAAAUUAGUCGGAACGAAUCCGAAGUCUUCGGCCUUCCCCACCAACCCGGCCAUAAACACGGCCCCUCCCAGGAGAAUAGCCAGUCAUCCGAUUCCGGGAAUAACUCGACCCAGGCGGGCCGCAAUCAUGUCUCAGGUCAUCUCGAAGAUCAGCGGACUAAAAAACGCCGAACUGGUCCCAGUCCGAGGGGUGUAGCAAACUUAACACCCGAACAGCUAGCCAAGAAGAGAGCAAAUGACCGUGAGGCACAACGGGCCAUUCGCGAACGCACUAAAAAUCAGAUCGAGACCCUUGAGAGGCGAAUACGCGAGCUAACCUCCCAAAAGCCCUAUCAAGAGCUUCAGGCCGCUAUACGGGCUAAAGAGGCUGUUGAGGCCGAAAACGCCGAAAUUAAAAGCCGGCUGGCCUCUGUCUUAUCCCUAAUACAACCUAUUUUAUCUAACCAGCAAGUCGAAGGGGCCUACGCAUCUCCUAUCUCUCCUAUCCCCUCAAGUCAAACUGCGCAGUGUUCGCCCUCCAUCUCUCAUAGUUGCAAUGAUUCGACACCCAUCAGCGCUGCUUCCCCUUCUGUGGCGGACUCAUCAUCACAGACACAGUCGCAGCUUCAUCCGAGCCCAUAUUCUACCCAGGUCAUGCUAAAUCAGCAACGCCAUGAUCUAUUUCAUAACUUGGAUCUCGGCGCUGGCGAACAGCUGAAGCUUGAUUUUCUUCUUGACCCUUCGCACCGCGUGAAUCGGAUGCCGACUGGCAUCAACGAGCCACAAGGCACAGCUGAAUAUCAGCAUCUUCAUACGAAUCAUGGCUGGAAUUUCGGUUUACUCCCUCGGGAUCAUUCGGCGGUUAACAGCGGACCGCAUCGACAGCAACAGCAUCGCAUAGAGUACGCCCCACGGAACGUAUUCCAGCCAGUCGAGACGUCUUGGAUUGGAAACUCGGCUCCUAUCAAGAAUGGACCCCCAACGUGUCCUCUGGAUAGCCUUCUUCUUGAGUUUCUCCAGGAGAGACGUCAGCGAGCCGCCGAGGGUGUUCCCACGCGAGAUAUAGUUGGUCCCAAGUAUCCCUCCGUCUCAUCGCUGCUCAACCCAGCGAACAGUGUCUUCUCUCAUCCGCUCUCUAAAGUCUUUACUGACAUAUUGGCCGCCUUUCCCGGGAUAAGCGGGCUCCCGGAACGUAUAGCUGUACUGUAUUACAUGUUUCUUGUAAUGCGGUGGCAAGUCAGCCCUACGCAAGAGAACUACAACCUCUUGCCUCAUUUCGCACUCCCUACACCCGCACAACUACACAUCGCCCACCCAGCAUGGAUAGACCAUCUCCCUUUCCCACACAUGCGGGAGAAGCUCGCGAAGGAGUAUAAUCCUACCGACUUCUUGUUCGACAACUUCUUCAUCCCAUUCACAACUACCAUAUCUCUUAAUUGGCCUUACGAACCUACGGACACGUUGCUCCAAAGCCCAGACGGGAACGAACUACUUAUCAACCCCGUAUACGAACGUCACCUGAGAAGGUUCGAGAACUGGACUCUAGGCGAAGCUUUCGAUAAAGCAUUCCCCCUUCUCAGGGGUACGUACAAUCUCAAAAGAAGUAGCCCCCCUGCUAGGAAUAUGGCCGAUGGCCAAUUUAGCGGCGGGUAACUUUACACAUAUCUAUAAGAAAUAUAAGAACACCAGGAUGAAUAUAGUCACGCUAUAGUAUACGCAACAUAUAUACAAGAGGGGAUUCGUACAUAAUCCUCACCCCCAAGAGGAUAAUUGCGCCUAGCAGCUGGACCUUCCUAUUCC